AUGAAGGUUGAUCUGGCGAACUAAUCUUUUGAAAAUAUUAGGAUAUAAAAUACUUAAUUAAUAGGAGGUAACUUUGUAAGAUGCAAUCUAAAUGGAUCAGAAUUUGAUAAUGUCGACAUAAGUGGUAUGAACUUGAAUAAUGCUUAAUUAUUCAACUGUAAAUGGAAGAAUAUAAAAAUCAAUAAGUUGAAUAAAUUGGAAGGUCAUAGUGGAAUAGUGUCUUCAGUCUGUAUCUCUCAUGAUGGAACUACUUUGGCAUCUGGCAGUUUUGAUAACUCUAUCCGUUUAUGGAAUGUUAAGACAGGUCAAUAAAAAGCUAAAUUAGAAGGUCAUAGUGAUUAAGUCCUAUCAGUAUGCUUCUCACCAGAUGGAACUACUUUAGCAUCAGGUAGUUGGGAUGGCACUAUCCGUUUAUGGAAUGCUUAGACAGGAUAAUAACAAGCUAAAAUUGAUAGUCAUAGUAUUUGUAUCAACUCAGUAUGUUUUUCUCCUAAUGGAACUUCUUUAGCAUCAGGUAGUUACGAUAACUCUAUCCUUUUAUGGGAUGUAUAGAAAAGAUAAUAAAUAGGAAAAUUGGAUGGUCAUAGUGGAGAAAUCAAUCAAGUUUGGUUCUCUCCUGAUGGUAUUAUUUUAGCAUCUGGUAGCGGAGAUAAGUCUAUUCGUUUAUGGGAUGUUAAAACAGGAUCAUAAAAUUACAAAUUGGAUAGUCAUACUAGUUGCGUUUACACACAGUAGGUUUCUCUCCUGAUUGUACUGUAUUAGCAUCUGGUAGUGGAAAUGCUUUUAUUGGGGGAGAUUGUUCUAUCCGUUUAAGGGAUGUUAAAACAGGAAUAUAAAAAGCCAAAUUUGAUGGUCAUACAAGCUGGGUCCAAUCAUUAUGUUUCUCUCCUGAUGGUAACAUAUUAGCAUCCGGUAGUGGAGAUAAGUCCAUUCGUUUGUGGGAUGUUAGGAUAAGCUAAUAAAAAGCCAAAUUGUAUGGCCAUAAUCAAUAUAUAAACUCAGUAUGUUUCUCUCUUGAUGGUAUUAAAUUAGCAUCUGGUAGUGAAGAUAAGUCUAUCCGUUUAUGGGAUAUUAAGACAGGAUCAUAAAAAUCUAAAUUAGAUGGUCAUACUAGUAGCGUCUACUAGGUAUGUUUUUCUCUUGACGGUACUACAUUAGCAUCUGGGAGUGGCAGUCAAAAUUUAAAAAAAAAUUUUGAUAAAACUAUCUGUUUAUGGAAUGUUUAGACAGGAUAAGAAAUAGCCUAACUGGUAGGUCAUACUCAUACUGUUUCUUCAGUGUGCUUUUCUCCUGAUGGUACUUAAGUUGCAUCUGGUAGUUGGGAUCAGUCUAUCAGAUUAUGGGAUAUAAAAAUACGAUAGGAAAUUGAACCCAUAAAUAAAAAUUGCGAAUAAACUUAAGCACAAUUUAAGACCCCUUAAUAUUAAAACAAUCGAUUUUCAAAAGAUGGUAUUCAUUUCAAUUAUAUUUAGCCAUCUCUAAUAUAACAAUUGUACUUAUUUCCGAAACACCGAUAUUUUAAGCAUCAGGAGCUUUAAUCUUAAAAGGAGAAUUUAUCAAUCAUUAAGGUGUAGAUUUACGAUCAAUAUUAAGAUCAGAAGGAUGUUUUUUUUUUGAUAGUUAAUUAGAUCAACAUUAAAAGAAGAAUUGA